AUGCAGCUCGAUGAGGGGAUGCUGCGCGUAACGAAGCUCUCAGGGGAGGAGGUGGCGAGCAUAGCCGUCGGGGAGGUGCGCGACGUGAGGUCCUUGAAGCGGCGCUUGAGCAAGCUGCCAGGCGUACCCCCGCGCUUCCGGCAGAGGCUCCUUCUCAACGGCCGUGAGCUGGAGGAUGCAGCAGAGCUGGGCUCCCCCAUGGACCUUCAACUGGUGUUGCUGGCCUUCGCCGAUGUAUCGCGAACAGAGGUGGACAAGUUCACAGCCGCCGCCCGACGGGGAUCCGCAGCCGAGGUGGAGGCUAUGCUGCAGCUCCCCCAUGACCCGAACUUGCUUGGCGCGAACGGCUCUGCAGCUCUGGUGCUUGCGUCUUUGGCAGGUGUGAUGCUGAGAUUUGUGCGUUUGCUGUCGGAUGCUGACGGCUCGAACGUGGCACCGGCGGUGGCGAAGGAGCAAGAGCAUUCGGCGUCGCUGGACUCAGCCAAGGCUCAGCUGAAGACAGCCAAAGACGAGGCUGUGGCGAAGGAGCAAGAGCUUUCGGCGUCACUGGACUCAGCCAAGGCUCAGCUGAAGACAGCCAAGGAUGAGGCGGCGGCGAAGGAGCAAGAGCUCUCGGCGUCACUGGAGUCAGUCAAGGCGCAGCUGAGGACAGCGAGGGACGAGGCGACGGCGAAAGAGCAAGAGCUUUCCGCGUCGCUGGAGUCUGCCAAGGCCAAGUCUCUGGACUUGGAGACGCAGCUGAGGGCAUCGAAGGAUGAGGCGGCUGAGAUCCUCGCUGCCCAGGCUUCCGGGAACCAGGUGGCCGAGUCGCUCGGGGCGAAGCUUGCCGCGUCGGAAGCGCACGCGGCGUCCCUGGAGGGCCGGAUUUCCGACCUCGAAGCUCAGCUUGCAGCGGCCAGGGAUGAGGCGCAAUCCGAAAGCCGGCGUCGGGAUGACAAAGAGCAGGCCUUACAGGCCAAGUCUUCGGAUCUCGAAGCCCAGCUUGCGGCGGCGAGGGAGCAGGUCGCCACGCACCAAACAGCACAGGUCUCCGGCAACCAGGUUGCCGAGCAGCUGCAGGGGCAGCUUCGGGCGUCCGAGAAGCGCUGCGCCGACUUGGAGUCCGACAAGCUGCAGCUCCUGGAGAAGCUAAGGGCUCACGAGGAGGCUUUGGGCACGGCUCAGCAGAGAUGUGCCGAGUUGGAGGCCGACAAGCAAGCUGCUGCAACAGCCGGAAGUGCCGAUGCAGCCAAGGCUGAGGCUGCCCUGCAAAGCAAGGCUGCCGAGGCCCAGCGCGAGUCGGAGCGGCUCAGGGCGGAGAACGCGGGCCUGGAGCGGGACGUCGUUGACUUGGCCAGGAUGCUCAGCGAGUUGAAAGCUGCAGUGCACCAGUACGCUGGCGGCGGGAUCGGAGGUUCGUA